CGGCCCCUUUUGCCACGCCGGCAACGCGGCAAUCUGCUUCCCCGCGGAUCACUUGUGGCGGCUGGCCUGCACGCAUUUGCAUAGUCUCUUCGCUGCUUACCUUUGUUUCCAAUUUCCCGUUCCUAAUUUUUGACUACCCUACAAGCGAUCAAUCUAUUUUGUGUCCCGUGCUCACGUCUGCUGUCUACCAUAGAAAAGUUAGUGCUAUGGCCCUUUUUGCACCCAUCCAUCCCCAACGGUCCAAUUUCUCAAAUUUAUUUGCAUAUUGAUAUGCGAUUUCUUGUUAUAAUAAUUACUUGUUCAAUAAUACAAUGCUCAGGCCUCGUGGAUUAAAAGGAAAAAAGAACGUAGGGAGCAAAAUAAUUUCUACUUCCUGUUUGUUACCAAAAAAAGUAAAACAGAGACAAUAACAAAUCAGAAGAGAAACAUUAAAAACAACACAUCGCAGCAGGAGUAUAUUUAAAACCUGAUAAGCAUAUUGGACUCACCACAGCAUACUUUUCAUAGCAACUAACCAUCAGCUAAAUUGACCCCCUCCCUUUCUUCCAUCGCUAAUAUGAUGGCUUAGAGUGCUUUAAUGUUUUCAGCAUUUCAAAUGAGUUUUCGAUAGAGAUAAUUCAAGCGAUAAAUCAGAGCUAUGGAGUAAUUUUCAAGCUAUCUUUAUUUAUUUGCAAACAGAUUACUACCGUUGUUUGGAAUCUUUAUCUUCAUAAUUCAGUAUACUUUUAUUUUCACCACAAUUUAGUUUGAAAAAAUAUAUAUAUUUACGAAUUAGCUUUCCUCUCUUUUUGUCAUUUUCCUUUUCCCAGUCCAAUUCUUCUUCCACGGAACAAAUGUUGAAAUUCUAUAUUUCCACUUAACUGUGUUAAGCUGCCUUUAAUAUAAACGCAGAUACGUACCAUUUUGGAUUAAUUUUGCCUGGUGUUUUCAUCUUUGUUUUGCGUCUGCAUUUGAAACUGCCCCUUGUAAAAACUUCACCGUUUGCUUAAACUGCUUUCCGUCACACCGUUUAUUGAAAAAAGAAAGAGAGAAAGAGAGAGAAGCAAGUGCUUGUUGGGACACGUGGGCGCUUGAAAUGGACGCUACAAAGGAACAGGGAGAGGUAGCUCCAAGCUUCUCUCCAAUCAUGAGCCGACGCUUCAGUUUGAGACGAAACGUGAGGUCGGAAAUAGUUGACAGACAUCGCAACAAUUACAAGUCCCCUUCCCCAUCCCCCGCCCCACUAGACGACCAAGAAGACAGUGAGUCUGCGAACAGUCGCUCAAACAGUUCUAUGAGUGCAGACCACGGCUCAGACGACGACAACGACGACGACAACGUCGACGAUCAAUUGACCAAUCAGAACUCAACGCGGCAUUUGUUCGUGACUCAAGACGAUCAAGUCAGCUUAGCAGGCAGCUCCAAAUCUCAGAACUUACCCAAAAACCGAAGCCGUAUGUCUAGCAGUUCCUCGACUCAAAACUGUGUCUUCGGUUUCAAAUACGACAAAAUGAAACACCUCGAAUUAAACCUUUGUCAGUCGAGUUCAUAUGCAGAUCCAAAAGCUAGAAGUCUGUUUGAUGUUUCGAAAUGCGCGGAUGAGUCACCGGACACUCAAAUAGAAAAAGAUCCCUUUCUCAUGGUCAAGUUCGUUCGGCCUUCAACAUCCGCCAUCGCUAUUUCAGAGAGACAAAAAGAAGCUCGCGAUGCUGUCUUAUCAAAAUUUGAUCACGUUGAUGACUAAUUAUGCAUUUUUCAUCAUGACUUAGUUCAUAAUCGAUCUGUAUUUUGUAUAAAUGUUCAAUACGAGUUUUAAUGUUGUUUUGGCCGGAUAAAUGUCAAUUAAAAUUGCUAAUA